AAAUGUAUAUUACUAGUUAUUUUGGUGUUAGGCUACCAAACUGCUUUAUUUUUUAUAUUUCUAACCGAUUAAAAGUUUUUACAACUUAAAGUGAACAAAAGUGUGACAUCACUAAGAAUUUUCUAUUAUGUAUAUGAUACAUACAUAAUUUAUUAAAAGUCAAUGUUUUUUACCUCAUCAGGUAGAUUGCAGCAUAGAUAUAGUAUUAAUUUCAUAGAUUUAUAAUGCAGAGUAUUCAAAUGAGCAAAUCAUGCUCAAUAAAAAUUAUUAUAAUGUUGUUUAUUCACAUGUCUAUUGCAGAAUUGCAGCAUAGAAUCUAAUAUAUGAAGGUGUGAAAGAGACAUUCAAUAUAUUAUUAAACGGUAUAUUUUUUUAUGUAUUUUGAUGAUGUUUCUUAAGACCUAAUCAAUCGUACUAUUUGGAUAAAGAGCUUUUUAUUCAUUAUGAUAAAUUAUUCAAAAACGAGAAUUGUAUAUACUUUUAAUAAUUAAACUCAGUAUAUUUUUUAUAUAGGAUCUUUUUAAAAGCUUUAUUAUUUGAGAUAUUAGUAAAGGCAAGAUGGAUUAAUAACCUGUUAUUUUAAUAAAUAUUUCAGAUUUAAUAUGUUUUUGAUCAAUUUAUUAAGGUAACAUAAAAAUUGUACAUAUGAAAAUUCAAAUUUUUAGUUCAUUGCCAUGUAUCAAUUGAAUUUUGGUAUAAUUAAUGUGAAGAACGAAAGUACUUAAAACUAGUAAUGAUAAUAAUAAUAAAAAUUAAGAAAUUAAGAUUUUAAAAUUACUAAUAUGAAAAAUUGAAAUACUAAACUUGAUGUUCCAUCUUGUCUUAUGAUAGCUUUUUGUUGAUAAUGAGAUAUUGGGUAAGUUGAUAGAUGCUCUUUAAAAAAAACCCUUUUCAAAAAUAAUUUAAAUUUUAUUAUGAAAUAUAAGUGAUGUAAUGCCUCUAUGUAGUAGUAGUAGUAUUAGUUGUGAAAGUUUAGGUGACUUAUGAAGAACUAGAAUUUUUCAAAUAAAUAAAUAUUUAUAUUUACAUUUAUAGUAUCUAUUUUUAAUGUAUUUUUCAUGACUUGACGUUGACAUUGAUCCUGUGUGUUAGCAUCAAAAUAUAUUAAAAAUCUCAAGUGCAUUUGUUGGUUAAAAAUUGCUAAGUAUAUGAUGAAAUGACUAAUAAUAUUUGAAUUAAGAUAACAUAUUAUAAAUUAUAUUCAAAAUAUAAAAAAUAGUUUAGAUAGGAGAUCAUUAUCAAAUUUUUACUUCGUACCUAUAUAGGAAUUAUAAAAAUGUUACAAUAUCCAAUUUUUUAAAGACUAUUAUUUAAAUUUUAAUAACAUUUAUAUUAAAAAGUUUUGAAACAUUACAAUAUAAUCUAGCUAGUGACUACAGCAAAUCAUAGCAGAAAAAUAUUAUAGCAUACACAUUUUUUUCAAUGUUAGGUAGGUUAUUUUACAUACUUUUUACAUGAGAUGAAUACAAAGACGAUUUACUUGAUUGAUUAUUUCAUAAAUCUAUAUGAAUUCACAAGAGUACUGUACAAUCUAUGUAAUUGUUGAAUUUUCUUCCAUGUCUUUAAUAAUUGCUUCUGUGUAGAAUCUUAUCACUACAUCCUGUAUCAAAUGUGAGGCCAAAAAAGAGUGUUUUAUUUAAUCUUUUUUUAACCACAGUUUAUAAAAAUAUUAUAAAUGCGUUGAAGUGAAGUAGAGUGAAAAAUAAUCAUCAUUACUUUAUAAUACAAAUGGUCGAUUUUUCACAAAAUGUAUUGAUUAAUUUAAGCUGUAUCUUUAUAGUCUACUUUGUAUUUUAUUGACUGAAAACUCAAAAAAUUGGUUUUAUGUUCAAUAAAGCACAAGACCAUGUGUAUUAUAGACUGUAUAUCUAGGCUUUAACCAAUCUAGCGCUAUCACAAUAUGUAUUUUAUUAUUUUUUAUAUGUUGGAACUUUUUUGAAAGAAACUUUUUUAAAGCAUCUAGACCAAAAAAUUAUUCCUAAUGCUUUAACAAUAAUAUUCAUUCAAUUUAAACAUUGAUUGAAAAGUUUAAAAUACCAUUCUAACAUAAGGUUACAGUUGUCUGUUCUCCAGAUGGUAAUAUUAAAAGAUUACUGUAUUUUCGUACAUGAUUUGAAUUCUUACCUCUAGUGGUUUAUUAUAUUUUUUUUUUCACUAAUCGCAUCCAUGUCUGUGAGAUAAAUUCUGGCCUAAGGAAUAUUUACAAGAACAUAGGACUGUAACAAUAAAACAAUACGAAUUGAAAAAACGAAUAUCUAAAUGAUUAGAUUAUAUAGGAAAUAUAUCAAUGAUUGUGCUAUGUUACAUUAUUUCAUCCAUCAAUAAUAUUGUAUAUGACUUUUCAUAUUAUGCUGAUUAUAAAAUUAAAUUAUUGUAUAAGAUGUUUAGAUAAAAAAAAUUAAUAGGUUAAUAGGAGUAACAAAGUAAACAAUUAGCCUUUAUAAAUAAUUAAUUUAAUGAUGAAUAACAGGCAUUUGAAUAUUUAUAAUAAAAAUUGUCCCAUUCGCUAGAUUUUCACAAAUUUUUACUGAGAUACAAAAUAACUACCAAAUGUUUACAAGACUUGCUGAAUUUCGUACAAAUGUCGAUUUGCCAAUCUAACUUUUGUAACUUCACUAUCAAAGUCUAGAUUUUUAAUUCGAGAAACUUCAUUAUUUUACAUCAAAUAUUGACAACAGUUUAAUUACGAUCUGGGACAAUCUAAUGAAAUAACAAAUAUAUAUAAGUAAUAAUAAAUAAAUAUAUAUAUAUAUUUUUUUUUGACAACGCUUGCAACAAUAGAAAUACAAAUAACAAAGAUGUUGGAAAACAACGUACGUUUAAUGUUUCAUUUCUCGAUUCGUAGACUGUACUAAAGACGAAAAUGCAAUAUUUAAAAACGAAAUUGUCGAUGAAAUCUGUGCAUUUGAUGCCGGAGAGCAGCAAUUUCGCGUACUUUUAAUGCAAAAAGAAAGUUAUAUUCCUUUACUCAGGCUCAACCGAGUGUUCCACAGCAACAAAUCGUCAAAACGAGCUUUGACAUUGCAGGAUAAAAAUACAAGUAUAAUCUGAAUGUUUUAAUCGAUACGAAUUGCACAAUUAAACUGACCAAAUUUUUUACUUAAAAAAUUACGUCAAGAUGUAUCCAUACGUAUUAACGAAAAGCGCUGUGCACCUCGAGUGUCAAUUGCAAAUGCACUUAUACUUGUUAUUGAGAAUAAAAAUGAUGCGUCGAAUGUAAUGUCAUGAGUAUUACGUAGCAUCUACGAUGAAUAAAUAUGUUCAACUUGCAACUGCUAUUGUGAAAGCAGAUUUAAUAAAUCGAGCUUGAGAUUUAAAACAAAUGUACAGGCGACAGAUGACAGUUAAUAUUUGUAUUGGUAAUACUACUGAAUAUAAUAGUAUAUCUUUCACGAGGAAAAAAACAAUAUGUUUAUCAGGGACCGAAUUGUGGAAAAGUCACUAUGCCAACAACCAAGUAUAUCUCACUAAAUUAACAUUUCGAAAAAUUUCGAGUGUCCUUCGGACUAUAAAAGAAGUAUUUAAAGGCGCAAUUUCUACAAGACGACUGAACUUUGAAAAAAAUGCAAUAUUAAUCAAUGAAAUGAAAUAUUUUUAAUAAGAGAAUUACAAAGAAAUGCUAAUAUCUGGUGUAAUCUACACUUUAGCCAAACGUAAGCAACAAAAAGAAACAGCGAUUAUAAAUUGUAACAUAGUGCCAUUUGUGAGAGCAAUUAAAGCACAUCAACUAUAUAAUUAUAUAGACGGAUAUUUUGCAGCAAUAUGACGUAUACACGUGUGAUUAUAACGAAUCAUCUCGUUUCGCUCCGCUGAGAUUUUCGCACCUUUUCGACGAGAUGAAGGUAUUAGUCGUUGUGAAAUUGUAAUGUUUGAAUUUGUAUAGGAAUCAAAUAACUAUUAAGAUUUGUGAAAUUCAAUGAUAAUGUUCGACUACUUUUGCUGUGUAUAUAACAUACGUAUGUGCAUUGAUAAAAAUUUGCGCGUCUUCCUGAAAACACAAUCUUCAUAAUAAGCGUAGCCUAAACGGGACAAAAAGUUACACGCACGCUAUAUGAGGAUAGAUGAAAAUCAAUAAUGUAAACUGCAUAUGUACGGGUAACUACAGACAACAAACACGAAUGUGUGUACAAGUUUGUUCUGACACGAUCUUUCAAGCUCUAUGUGAAUUUUUGUGAACGAAAUAUAAUAUGAUAGAUUUUGUCGUAAGUUGUGAGCCGUGUGCAUAAUACGCGCUUUAUAUCAGUAAAGCAUUGCAAAGAUCGACAAGUGUAGCCUUGAUCUGUCACGAAAGAAAUACAAUGGAUAGAAAAAGUCGGAGGGCGGUUUUGGCAGGUCCAACUUUAUCUUUUGUAAAAAAGUCAACUGCAACUUGGAAGGCAAGCGUAGAACGAUCGCCAAGCGAACUCUGCGAAUCGCUCGAAAAGAAAAAAAGCAACUUGCGCAAAACUGAUGUCAGUAGAAUCUAGUCAAGUGUACGAUGGAAAAAAAAUAGAUCCAUAUUUAUAAUCAACGUUUUAUUCUUUUUUUCGUGCUUCGUAUUGUUGUUGCUGACGAUCAGUCUCGCUUGUCGGAAUAAAUAAAUGAUCAUGUUCUUCGAUAAAAUACAAAGCAAUGACACAAAGGGCUAUUAUGCAAGUUGCAUUUCCGAAUUGUUCUCGAAUGCUGAUUGAUCAGCGAAGAGGCACGUGGCGACGUUCACUCUGUUCUACUCAUGCGCAUAAUUAUAUACCAUACUAUAUAGAGUUUUGUAAGACUUAUUUUCUGGAAUCCUGAUUUUUUGAAAGAAAACUUCCGACUAAAAAGCAAAUAAAUAUUGUAAUGUGCUAAUUGAAUAAGAAAGUUGAUAUUACUGUUGCGUGAAAAAUCUCAAGGAUCUCGAAGGGGCGAUUGAAACCUCGACAAAAUGUAUAUCUCUGUAAGACUGUAUACGAGCGAUGUCUCAAAAGUUACUCUAUAUACUCUUUAGAAACAAAUGAACUUUUCGAUUGACUAUAAUAUAUUUGCCGACUCUAAUACUGUCUUCGUAAUAUAGUAUAUUUUGUGUAAAGUCAUUGACACGUAACUUUCGAUACUGUGCACAAUCUCUAUGCUACAUCUCUCUAUAGAUAACGUUGUACGUAAAAUUUUGCGAUUUUUCGAUUGUGUUUUUCCUCUGAUGUAAUGAUGAAAAAAAAAGUAAUAAAUAUGUGAUGCAGUGUACAAAUAGAAAGUGUUGGGCGUGCAGCGUGACUAUAUGAUAUAUAUUGUGUAACUUGGAACCUCUUGUGCAUGUAAUUUUACGAAUUCGACAGAGAUGAGUACCAAAAUGAAAAAAGUAAAUAAAAGAAACUGAUAUAGGUAGAUACUGCAUGUUCGAGAAAUAGCAAAAGUGUAUUACAUCCGAACAAAGUUAUGAACGCGAACGACGACAAAAAUUAUUGUGAAAAAAUAAUCUGUAUACUUGGGGGGCGAGAGACGUGCCUACCUUUUAUCAAGCCAAGUAUAUACUAUUAAUAUAUUGUAAUAAAUAAAUGAACGACUCGAGAAAUUCUAAUAAUAAAAAUGCCAGUACAAAUUGAAUAUUAUAAGCGCGGGCGAGAGAUAAAGGAAUAUGCGUGUGAAUAAGAAUAAUUCCAACAAAUUAUUACGAAUCUUUAUUUUUGGCAAUACUUAAAGUAACGGUCAACAGGUGAAUGAGAGAAAUGAUGAUGAAAUAAGGACGAUGGGAUAACGUGACACAUAGACCAUAAUAUUAUAAAAGACAAAAAACUAUAAGCGAAUAUGAAAAUUUAGUUGUAAAUAUUUUUUUAUUAAUCGGGGGCGCGCGCGAUCUUGAAAAAUCGCGCGGGUCCUCGCGCAUACAAUAAUUACACAUAUAUAUAUAUAUAUAUAUUAUAUACUUUACGACGUAAAUAAUUCGUAGAACGAAUUUUCAUUACUGCUUCUUAUGCUAUUAAAUAUAUAAACUAGGUAGUGUAUUAAACAAUUGAAUGAAUUAGAGAUUGUAAAAGAAUAAAAAUAAAUAAAUAAAACAAAAAUAUAUUAAACUCUCGAUUACGAAUCCUAAUUUCAAUGUCCUUCGAAGUGUGAUCGUUGCACACAUAACGUCAUCGCUCUAUUUCGUAAUUUCGAUGAUUCAUCGAACGAACGCACAGAAAAUGCAAUUCCCCGAACAAUCGCUAGACAAGUAUGAACACGAAUAGUAUACACAAUUCACAUCUUCCUCCCCCACUUUACCGAAAUAAUAAAUCCCCCCCACAUGGAGGGCAAAAACAAAAAUACAGUCCUCCGCGCAUGCGCAUCGGUCUUCUGCUCCGUUUCUCCAUCAUCAUCAGAUUCCACCGCAUCUAUAUACGCGCGGGCUUUCUUUUCCACGCGCAACUGACAAAGCCCGCGCGGCAUCGGUUCUAGUUUGUUUCGUCGGUGGCAGCACCAAUCCCCUCCCCCCACCCUUUCAGCGCCGAAAACGCGCUCACGAUACGACGAGAGGCGAGAGCAGAAACGAGCGGCGCUGGCGGUAGUUGAUCUUCGUCCCUCUUGGCUGACGCAAGUGUCGUUUCUCCCGCAAAGGAAAGCAGUGAACUAGAAGCAGCGCUCUAUUGCCGCACUAUAAACUCCAAGAAAGAAUCAACAGCUUUUUUCUCAUCUACAAGCAGAAAUGGCUCGUACCAAGCAGACAGCCCGUAAGUCGACGGGAGGAAAGGCGCCCAGGAAGCAGCUGGCCACCAAGGCAGCGCGUAAGAGCGCGCCUUCGACCGGAGGAGUCAAGAAACCUCAUCGUUACAGGCCCGGUACCGUAGCCCUUCGUGAGAUCAGAAGAUACCAAAAGUCCACCGAGUUGCUGAUCAGGAAGUUGCCCUUCCAGCGUCUGGUUCGUGAAAUCGCGCAGGACUUCAAGACCGAUCUGCGUUUCCAGAGCGCAGCCAUCGGCGCUCUGCAGGAAGCCUCCGAGGCCUACCUGGUCGGUCUCUUCGAAGACACGAACUUGUGCGCCAUCCACGCCAAGCGAGUCACCAUUAUGCCCAAGGACAUCCAGCUGGCCCGGCGAAUUCGUGGAGAGCGCGCUUAAGUUGAUCGCGACGAUGAUAAGUUAUUAUACGACUUCGGCGUUAUGCUUUCCAUUUCACCUUGUUUUCAUACAUUCAAGCAUUAUUAUUAUUUUUAUUUUUACUAUUAUAUUAUUAUUAUUACUAGCUCAAGAGGUUAUUAGAAGCAUUUUAGUUCUUGGUUCUUCUCGUGUCUUAAAGAUUUAUUGCGAUUCUCACUGCCAAAUAUUAAAAGGAGAAAAAAAAAUAAUAAUAAUAGAAGGCGGCACAUUCUAUGUCUGUAGCUGUAGUAUCGACGCACUAACGUGUAUUUCUAUUUUGAUUAGUUGAGGGAUAAAAGAAAAGUGUCCAUCGUUUACUGUGUUUCUUCUCUGUUUACCGAUUUGACUAUUUCGACUGUAAAUUAUAUAUAUUCUUUUUUUUUUUGUUUAUUUGAUGCAAGCCCUAUGCUCUUCGAGAUCAUAGCUCAAUUAACUCAUGUAAAAGAAUGAAGAAAUCGAAGCGAAAGUGACAAUUUACGUGUUCGAUAAAACUCUCUAUUUCUUCAUUGUAAUUUUUCACGAAAAAAAUUGACGUAUUUGCGUUUCUUGUACUUUUUUAGAAUGUAACCCCUGAAUGUAUCAUUACUAAUGUAAGGAACACAGCGUAGCUUCUGCUUCCAAGUAGCGAUGGAAGUGUUCUAUAUAUGGUAUAAAAUGAAAAAGUAUCAUGUGUCGCAUUGCAAGAUCGAGCUCGCUCCCGAGUUUGAUUAAGUUUUCCGUACUCCGAUUCGGAGCGCCUGGUAACGCAAAAGUAAAACAAACAUAUGAAAAAAAAAGUCAAGCGGAUCUUGCACUGAGAUACGUAAUAUCCUUUCUUUGUUACACUGAGAAAUCAUUUUGUAGCUCUUGAAGUUUCAAAGGGAUUUUCACGUGAACAAUAUGAAAGCCUUUACAAAUUAGGUAAUUUCUAUUAGACUUUAGUGAUAAAAAUACGUAGUUCGUUAAGUUGAGGAAAAAGAAACAAAUCUGAUUAAGUAAUUUUAGUCCGGUGUUUGGACGAAACCACGCAGCUUGUAAUUCCAGUUUCUAGAUUGCGAAAAAUCUGGCUCCCUCGGAUUCUCCGUCGAGAGCCCCUUUGAAAGAAACAAAAAGAAAAUAAAAAAUCCUGUGAGCGAUUUAUACGGGAGGUCUCAAAAUCGUCAAAUAUAUAUUAUAUAAACGUCUCCCUCUAGCAUAUCGUCUUGUAUUUAUUUGUAUAUUGAUAAUACAUUAUCUCAAUCCAGAAAAUCGUGUGGUCUAAAUCGAAUUGUCAAUUCAAGCAUUGCGAGCAAUCAGCGACUGGCGAAUGAUGAAUCUAUAUUAGGUCUAUCGUAAAGAAUAAAAAAAACCAACAAGCUGUAAAAGAAGUAUAAGCAUCGGGUAUUGAGACCUUCCGCUAUAAAAAGUGUAUUGUUGUAUGUAGCAUAAAAUAUGACUAUAUAAAUUAAUAUUAAAAAACGAA